AAAGUGUUCGUUUCUUUGUGAUAUCGUGUGGUUGGAUAGUUUAUUAUAAUGUUUCCUGAAGUUUGAUGCUAACGUGACAUUCGAAGCGCACAGAUAAUCAACGGUUCGGAACUGCAGACGACCUGAGAGUGAGACGAUGGUAAGGUGAAGGCGUUGCUGAAGUUGUGAACUGUGCAAGAUCUUCCUUCAAGAUGGCCGGCGACGCUGACGCAGGUUUCCUUCCUUCCGCUGAUGCCAAGGUGCAAAUAGUGCGCUGCAAUACUAAAAUGAUGCACCUCCCCCGUAGCAAACCCGUGGAUGUUAUCUUCGAGGAUGUCCGCCUCACUGUCAACACCGGCUUUCUUUACAGCAAGAGAUCGAAGGAGGUCCUUAAGGGAGUUUCAGGAAGGUUCGUCUCCGGAGAGUUGACCGCCAUAAUGGGUCCUUCAGGAUCUGGCAAAUCUACACUCCUUAACAUCCUCACAGGAUUCCAGAAGGAAGGCAUGAAGGGCAACAUCUCCUGUGCGUCCAGACUCCGCAAGAACGGCACGACCAAGCUGAUUCCUCUCAACAGGAAGGAUUGCUGCUACAUCAUGCAGGACGACAAUCUCACACCUCUUCUCACCGUCAAGGAGAUUAUGCUCAUCGCCUCGGAGCUCAAACUGGACCAGUCCAUGUCCAGGAAGGCCAAGGUUAUUCUUAUCGAGGACAUCCUAGAGAACGUGGGACUGAGCUUGACGAUGAACACCAAGUGUAACAGACUCUCCGGUGGUCAGAGGAAGAGGUUAUCAGUUGCUCUCGAACUGAUAAACAAUCCUCCUGUUAUGUUCUUGGACGAACCAACAACGGGCCUGGACAGCCGCAGCACUCUUCAGAUCGUGACUCUCCUCAAGAACCUUGCUCAGGGUGGAAGGAACAUCAUCUGCACGGUUCACCAGCCCUCGGCCACCAUUCUGGCAAUGUUUGACCAUGUUUAUAUAAUCGGCAACGGCUACUGUGUCUACCAAGGCUCUGCCAACAACAUGUUACCCUUCCUACAGAGUAUAGGACUGCCCUGCCCCCAGUACCACAACCCUUCUGACUUCAUGCUGGACGUAGUGUCAGGAGAGUUUGGGGACCACACUCAACAACUCGUUGACAACGCUACCAACUCUAUAUGGAGAGCUCCCCCAAUCAAACAGAAAGAAGCAGACAUAGUGGAAGGGGAUAUCCCAGUUAAUCACCAAAAUCCUCCCUCAGAAUUCUACAGGUUCAGGAUUUUAGUGAGGAAAACAAUAAAACUGAUGUUUAGGGAUUGGACAGUGGUCUACCUCAAGCUGAUUCUCCACGUAGUGGUCGGUCUGAUGAUCGGAGCUUUGUUCCAGAAGUGUGGUAUGGAUGGGGAUAAGUCUAUCAGCAACGUAGGAUAUUUCAUCUGCUCGGCAGUGUACCUCAGUUAUACAUCUCUGAUGCCAGCCAUUCUCAAAUUUCCAUCAGAGCUUAAUGUAAUCAAGAAAGAACAGUUUAACCACUGGUAUAAACUACGGACAUUCUACAUAGCUUUCCAAAUAACUAAUAUCCCCAUGCAGAUGAUAUUCUGUGUUAUCUACGUAGGCAUUUCCUACUACCUCACCUCUCAGAUUCUGGAGAGAGACAGGUUCCUCAUGUUCCUUGUGGUAAAUGCCUUUGUGAUCGUCAUCUCAGAGUGUAUGGGUCUGGGUCUUGGCACCUCCAUCAACCCUGUGAAUGGCAUCUUCCUGGGAGCCGUGGGUAUCUGUUUCAUGAUCCUCAUGGCUGGCUUCCUCGCCUUGCUGAAGGACAUGCCCAGGAUCCUCUACUAUGCUGCGUACGUCAGCUACCUCAGAUACGCCCUGGAGGCGAUGGUGGUGGCGAUCUACGGGUACGGACGACGCAAUCUCUACUGUGAACAGAACUACUGCCACUACAGGAGUCCAGCUGCGGUUAUGACGGAACUGGACAUGGUGUACGGAGACUACUGGAGAGAUAUAAGCAUGUUAUCGAUCAUAGCGGUCGUGUCCAUACUGUACGCCUACUACAGUUUGCGGUCCAAAAUGAGGUGGUAGUAGAAGAUGAAAUUGGUAGAGAAGAAUUAUUACUUCCACCCCAACAGAGGUUGCUACUUCCACUUGUAGAAGUGAAGAACUGUGACAAAGUAGAAGCAAUGGAAUUGGCACUUUCCAGUAGCAUAGCUGCAGGUCAGUUGGAUUGCCUGGAGAAGAACCUUUGGAAUAGCCUAGUCUUGUGACUGAUUUAGAACACGUACCUGGAAAUGAAGAGUCUAGUGCUUGAGUGAGUGUGACAUUGCACAAAACUGACAGAGAAUAAAAAAACAUUCUCAUGAUGGCAAACUUAAAAACAACUUCAAAAAAUUUAAAAGUGUCCUAUAUUUUACUUGAUAGCCUCAGGCUAAAACCUGAAUCAAAGGGUUUAAAAAAUGAUAUAGUAAUAGUAACUAUUAAUUAUCCUAAAUAGAAAUAUUUGAUCUAAAAGAGGCGAAAUAGCUAUGAUGCUAAAAAAAAAAAAACAGUAGCGGUUGGAAUAAAUUUUGUAUUUUAACUAUAUAAAAAUAAAACUGUAAACUUAAAUAUCUUAAGACUCAUAUAAUUGAUCAUGACAGUUUUAAGGUUGUGAUAGAUUAUUUAAGUUGUAUACAUAUUUUAGAGGUGUAAUUGAGAUGAAACUAUUUUUAUUGUAAUAAUUUAUCUAAAAGGAAUAUUUAUGUAAUAAUGACAUUUAUCUAAUAAUUGUUUAUAUAUAAGAAAUUGUGUUAUUUAAUUUGUAAGAAAGAAGCUUUAUUACAAUUUUGUAUACAAUUACUGAUAAACAAAUCAAAAGACAAUAACGAUUAAAUGUGAAGAGUGUUUGUUAUUUAUCAAAUGUCUAAAUGUGAACUAUACUAUAUGUGGCUUUACCGAUUGAGAGUCUAUUUAUUAAAUCUUCAGUAUUUAAAUGUAGGUAGAUGACUUUAACAUUUAAAGGGAAUGUGAUGUAUCAAAUGUUGCUGUCAAUGUAAAUAGAACAUUUUUAUAGAUAUGAACAAAAUAAAAUUAUUUAAAAUA